GCGACUCCAAUGAGAACAAGCCGUCUGAUGACGAGAUAGCCAAUAUGGGUUGUCCCAGUCUGGGAGAGAACACACACAUUGAGGUGGUCAUCGAGGAGUCCUAUGAGUUCAAGGUGUGUGUGUGUGUGUUUGUGUGUGUGUGUGUAGGGGUUAAUUUUUGUAUUAUUUUACUCUGUUUUAUGUAUUUGUUUUGUGUAUUCAUUUUGUGUAUUACAUGUAUUGUUGUGUAUUGGUUUUGUGUAUAAUUGUUUUGUCAUCUUUUUGUAUGGUUUGUGUAUUCAUUUUGUGUAUCAUUUAUGUAUAUGUAUGCAUGUGUGUUUGUGUGUGUGUGUAUGUAGUGUGGUGUGAACACACUUAUAAGGAGAACUAAGAAGUUAUACUCUCUCUUUGUCACUUUCUGUCUCUAUAUUAAUAUGCUUGUAUGUUUCUGUACACGAACGCAUGGGUGUGUAUGUACAGUGUGUGUGAAGCAUCUUCAGUAAGCUUAUUAAAGACUAUUACUAAAUUAUUUAUCUCUGUUUAAGCGUCUGUAUUAACUCUAUAAGCUGAAUCAUAACUUGAGUUCCAUGAGUAACCCAGGCUUUUGUGUAUAUCAAUCAGGCAUUGAUAUCAAUGAUAAAUCAGUGGGAGAUUUAUGAAAAAAGUUAAAGAAAGUUACGAUCUCAAGAUAAGAUUCAGCAGUGUGUGUGUUUGUGUAUUCACUGAGUGCAUGGGGCGGUCUCGUGCGUGUGUAUAGAACACGGUAGAUAAGCUGAUCAAGAAGACUAACCUUGCGUUGGUGGUGGGGAGCAGCAGUUGGAGAGAACAGUUUGUCUCCGCUGUCACUGUCAGCGCAGGUAACUACCUCACUUCCUGUCUGCAUGAUGUCACUUCCUAUCUACAGAAUUUUCUGAAAACGUACUGACUGAACAGAAUUUAACACAUUUGGAAUUAGAACCCAAACCCUCAUUUGUUGUCGACGUGCCCUUGAGCAGUGUGUUGACCCUGGUUGCUUCUGUGGGUCGCUCUGGAUGGGAGUAUGUUAGAUGACUGAAUGUAAUAUAAAUGUUGAGUGACUUCACUGCAAGUAGAUUGUAUGUUUUAAUAUUCAAAAAAUUAUUAUAAUACAAAUAAAUAAAAAGCCAAGGUUGAAAAAGUUACAAAACUCUGGUAGUCUACUUCACAGACAACAGGCCGAAAAGUUGACAAAACAAAAAGGAGGAAAAAACUAAGAAAGGACAAACGAGGUACUAAACAAUUAGAGCACCAAGAGCCUGCCAGUGCUGAAGCUGGAGUGCAGGGGCCCCCACGUGCCCCAUCUGUUCCUUGUUUACUCUUUAUACAACACUCUCUUUAUACAAGACUCUGCGGCUCAUUGCCCCCCCCAGCCUUCCUCUGUCCCCCUUCUCCCCCCUCCAGGUGAUGAUGAUGAGGAAAGUGGUGAAGAGCAUCUCCCGUCCUGCUUCGAUUACAUAAUGCACUUCAUCACCGUCUUCUGGAAGGUUCUAUUCGCCUUCGUCCCUCCGACGGAGUACUGGAGCGGCUGGGCCUGCUUCAUAGUAUCUAUAUCUCUGAUAGGUACGUAACCCUGACCCCUAACCCACUGAAAUUUAGGUGGAACUCCAUACAAUAUGAUAUGCAGUUCUAUUCACGCCAGGGGAACCAAGCAGGAGUUAACAACUUUGGUGAAAUUCCACAUGAUUAUUGCAUUUUAGUUUUUGUGUAUUGCACUUGCAUUCAGUAGCAUCUAUGAAUCACAUGAUUAUGCAUAGCAUUGACAUCAAACUAAAGAACCAAGGACACGGAUGGUUCCUGAUUCUUUUUGGUGUUUACACAACUGGUGCUGUGAGAUUAGGAUAUCAGGAUUCAAGGAUGCUGUGAGAUUAGGAUAUCAGGACCUGCUUAGACAAAGCAAUUGUAACAGUAGAGCAAAGGGUCGCAAUAUAUGGGAAAAGGAAUGGUUGCAGUAUUGCCGUUGUAAUGAGUACAUGAUGUAUGGAAUGCUAAGGCAUAAAUGUAUGAACGCGUGUAUUCUUAUUUUAAAUUGAUGUAGUUCUAUCCUUGUGCUGUACUUGUCUAUUAAUGUUAUGUAUUAUGCCAUGUGUUAUGUUUUGUAUGGACCCCAGGAAGAGUAACUGCUGCUAUAGCAGUAGCUAAUGGGGAUCCUAAUAAAAUACGAAAAAACUAUCCCCUAACCCCUAACUCAAUGGUACGGCUGGGCAUGCUUCAUUGUAUCUAUCAGUCUGAUAGGUAGGCACUUAACCCCUAACCCAUGACCCCUAACCCAACAGAGUACUGGUACAGCUGGGCCUACUUCCUGCUUCUGUAUCCAUCUCACUCAUAGGUAACAUGAAGUUCAUGUUUAAAAUGUGAUUCCCCACCAGAGACCUUUCCUCAUCUGUACCCCUUGUAAUGUCUGACUAAACCUAUACAAUAAUAUUGUAUUACAUCCCUGAAAGUUGAGAAGAGUAACUUGUCAAGGAAAUGUUUACAGUAUGGAUUAUUUUAUGUACCUGAUAGGAGUUCUAACGGCUGUGACAGGGGACCUGGCCUCUCACUUCGGCUGUACCGUGGGUCUGAAGGACUCUGUCACUGCCGUGGUGUUUGUAGCGCUGGGGACAUCUGUACCAGGUAGGCUACACACAGUACACACAGCGCAAUAGGGUCACACAAACACAGCCUUAUCUACACACACACCGCAGGGGUCACACACACAGCCUUGCAUACACACACACACAUACCGCAGUAGUGUUUUUAGCACCAGAGACCUGUGUCACACACAUUCCUAAGUAGGCAGGCGUACAAGCACACGUGCAAGUUCUCUAUCUUUCUUUCAAUUACUCUCCAUGUCUCUCCAAAUUCUCCUCACGUUCUCUCUACUGCACACACCUGCUUUCAUACCCUCUUACCCCUGUCCUUUUUCUCUCUUCUCUCUGCUCUCGGUUUGUCCUAAUUAUGCAAUCACGAUGAUGUAAUUACAUUUUAAACUGUAACCUUCAUGCCUCAGUACCCAGGUGUGUCUCCUCUGCUGUAGAUGUUGCGACUGAGAGUAUGCGUGCAGGCAUUCAUGUGUGGAUUAUGACCACCUUAGGGAGUGUGUGUGUGCGUUUGUGAAGAUGGGAUUGGUCUGCCUCUCCCACGAGGUGUUUGUUUUCUCUUUUAAACUAGUUGAAAUCGUUUUUCUUGUCUCCCCUAUUUGCCCAUCCUCUCACCUGCUCCCUCGCCACCAUUACCCAGACACCUUUGCCAGUAAGGUGGCCGCCAUCCAGGACCAGUACGCUGACGGCUCCAUCGGCAACGUAACCGGUAGCAAUGCAGUGAACGUGUUCCUAGGCAUCGGAGUGGCGUGGACCAUCGCCGCCGUGUUCUGGCAUUCCAAGGGCCAGGUGUUCCGUGUUGACCCGGGCUCGCUGGCGUUCUCCGUCACACUCUUCACGGUGAUGGCGUGCACAUGUGUGAUGAUGCUACUUUACCGGCGGCGAGCGUCGGUGGCGGGUGGCGAACUCGGAGGGCCAAGGACUACCAAGAUCGUGACGUCACUGGUCUUCAUGUCCAUGUGGCUGAUUUACAUACUGCUGUCAUCGUUGGAGGCAUACUGCCAUAUACCUGGGUUC